AUUCUGAUUUAUUCUCCAUGUCCAGCAGGGCACCAUUCCUCGCCACCUGUGGUGGACACCAUGCAUGGUAAAGUCCUGGGGAAGUUCAUCAACUUGCAAGGAUUUGCACAGCCUGUGGCCGUUUUCCUGGGAAUCCCUUUUGCCAAGCCUCCUCUUGGACCCCUGAGGUUUACUCCACCACAACCUGCAGAACCGUGGAGCUUCGUGAAGAAUGCCACCUCUUACCCUCCUAUGUGCUCCCAAGAUCCCACGGCAGGGCAGUUUCUCUCCGAGCUCUGUACCAACCGAAAAGAGGAUAUUCCUCUCAAGUUUUCUGAAGACUGUCUUUACCUCAAUAUUUACACUCCUGCUGACUUGGCCAAGAAAAGCAGGCUGCCGGUGAUGGUGUGGAUCCACGGAGGGGCGCUGUUGCUGGGUGGGGCAUCAACCUAUGAUGGGCUGCCCCUCGCUGCCCAUGAAAACGUGGUGGUGGUGACGAUUCAGUACCGUCUUGGCAUCUGGGGAUUCUUCAGCACAGGGGAUGAACACAGCAGGGGGAACUGGGGUCACCUGGACCAGCUGGCUGCCCUGCGUUGGGUCCAGGACAACAUUGCCAGCUUUGGCGGGAACCCAGGCUCUGUGACCAUCUUUGGACAGUCAGCGGGAGGAGAAAGUGUCUCUGUUCUUGUUUUCUCUCCAUUGUCCAAGAACCUCUUCCACCGGGCCAUUUCUGAGAGUGGCGUGGCCCUCACUCCUGGUCUGGUGGAGAAAGGCAACAUCAAGCCUCUGGCUGAGGUAGGUCCCCCACUGGAGGUCCCCACCCUUUUGGCUCUGUGCUCCUUAAUUCACAGGGGUCACUCUUGCUGUGGGUUCUAGCUGAUGUUCUCCUAGAAUCACUGAAGUGCCAAAGGCUGAGCAGGAAGGGCAAGGAGACACCCAUCCUCCCAGUUUCACGGCUAGGCAAAUGAUCGCAGGGCUUGGAAGGGAUUUGCCAAGGGCAGCAGGUGAUCAGGGCAGAGCCGGGACUCCAGCUCAUGGCCCUAGACAGCCAGUACAGCGCCCUGUCUGUGACCACACUCCUCUGAUGUG